AUGAAUGUUGUCGCAUACUCGGAGGAGAUCAGCACACAUACUGGCAGAAAGAAUGGGAAUCGUGCUGCGAAAUCAUAUGGAGUGAAUAAAUCCCAACCAAAGUGGCCAGAUCUUGAAGAAUCUCUCAAAAAAUGGGUGAUUGAACAGCGUGAAGAGAAACGCAAGGUAUCGACUAUUCAAAUCCGUUUGGAAGCAAAACGCAUGGCGGCAGCUAUGUAUAUCAUGAACUUUAGAGCUGGCAGCGGAUGGUGUAACAAAUUUAUGCAACGCGCAGGAUUAUCGGACAUCGGGAACAUGGGCGAGGUUCCAGUCACUUUUGACAUGCCUGGAAAGUAUACAGUGGACAGGAAAGGAGCACAGGACAUUACUAUAACGACAACAGGAGGAGAAAAAACCAACUUUACGGUCGUCCUUGGUGUGACCGCUGAUGGCAACUUCUGUCCACCAAUGGUAAUAUUUGAUAGGAAGACAAUCCCCAAGGAUACGCCACCCGGAGUUGUCGUAAAAGCGAAUUGUCGGGGAUGGAUGAAUGAAGUCCUCAUGACUGAUUGGAUUGAAACAUGUUGGAUGGCGCGGAAAGAUCCUGCAACUUCCCCGGAGCAAUCCGUACUUAUUCUUGAUUCGGCUUGA